AUGUAUGAGAAGUUAACCAUGCUCAACCUGCAGAGUGGCUCUAACUGGAGCGGGCCUAACAACUGGUACCAUGACCCCACUGGAGUACAGACUCAACACAGCACAGUUUCCGAGGGAUGCCUGCUGGACACGGAAGGCGGCAUGGGAGGAGAAGCGGUCGUCGGGGGAGGCGGAGGAGGAGGAGGCACGGGCCGAGGCGUGCCCGUGGAUAGAGACGAGGGCGAGGAGUCUCAGCUGAGGCUGCAGCUCAAGAGGAAGCUGCAGAGGAACCGUACCAGCUUCACGCAGGAGCAGAUCGAGGCGUUGGAGAAAGAGUUUGAACGAACACAUUACCCAGACGUCUUUGCGAGGGAAAGACUGGCCAAUAAAAUUGAUUUACCUGAAGCCAGGAUACAGGUGUGGUUCUCCAACCGAAGAGCUAAAUGGAGACGAGAGGAGAAGCUGCGUAACCAAAGGAGGUCAGGGGGGGUGUCUUCCUGUUCGCAGAGCCAAGCCCCUCUGACCACUUCCUUUAACACAUCUGUCUACCAUCAACAGCACGGCAGCAGUUCGGGCUCCAUGUUGAGUCAAGCUGAGUCGUCGCUGCCCAGCUACAGCUCGUUGUCAGUCUUCUCGUCUGGAGUCCAGUCCAUCCCUCCGCAGUCAGCCUCCACGUACUCUUGCAUGUUGCCCCCAUCUCCAUCUGCCCCACGCAGCUUUGACACAUCAGCAUACUCCUCCCCUCACCUGCAGGCUGCGCCCUCGGCCAACUCCAACACAGCAGUUGUGAUGGAACUGAUGUGGAUGCUUUUGACUUUGGCUGCAUGCACGUCAGCUGAGCCUGAGCAGUACAGCAGAGCAGUGGAUUGGUUGAGCAGGUAUGGAUAUCUUCCUCCGCCUGACCCACGCACGAGUAAGCUGCAGACCAAAGAGGGCAUUGAGAAAGCCAUUCGAGUCAUGCAGAGAUUUGGUGGCGUGCAGGAAACCGGCGUGCUCGAUGAUGAAACACUGAAGCUCAUGUCAACGCCGCGAUGUUCCCUGCCUGAUAUUGUUGGAAGUGAGGACAUGUUGAAGAAGAGGAAGAGGAGGAAAAGAUAUGCACUGUCGGGACUUAAGUGGGACAAAAGCGAUCUCACAUGGAGCAUUCACAGCUACCCUUCACCUACCCGCUCCCGGUUGGACCCCGCCACGGUGGAAAGCAUCCUGACACAUGCCUUCAAUGCCUGGAGUGAUGCGACUCCUUUGACUUUCAGCAAGCUACUGAAUAGCGGCGCAUCGGGUGGCGACAUCAGAGUCUCGUUCAACACUUUGCUACAUGAUGACGGGUAUCCCUUUGAUGGGCAGGGGGGAACCCUAGCCCACGCCUUCUUCCCUGGCAGGGACGACCUGGCGGGUGACACACACUUUGACGACCAUGAGAUGUGGAGUUAUGGAGGGGACAGCGGCCGCAGCACUGACUUGUUCACAGUUGCAGUGCAUGAGUUUGGCCACGCACUGGGCCUAUCACAUUCCUCCUCAGACCCCUCCAUUAUGAGGCCGUAUUACCAGGGUCCCGUGGGAGACAUCCCCAACUACAAACUGGCUGUGGACGACAGACUGGCCAUUCAGCAGCUUUAUGGCACCAAGGAUGAUGACAAACAAGGUGGUGUUGAUCCCAACCUUCCUCGUUUGCCCAGUACUCCUCCAACCAGACGGAGAAGGCCGUCUGACCCUUCUGUCCAUGACCGCUGUCAGGGGGGAUUUGAUGCCGUGGCCAACAUUAGAGGGGAGGUGUUCUUCUUCAAAGGUGCUAAUUUCUGGAGGACCACGCGAGAUGGAUCACUGGUGUCGCUCAACCCAGCUCAGAUAAAAAAUUUCUGGAUUGGCCUUCCUCCAGGGACGAAUAAGAUUGACGCUGUAUACGAGCGGAAGAGUGACAACAGCAUCAUUUUCUUUAUUGGAUCCCAGUACUGGGUCUUCAAGGACACAGUGGCCAUGAGCGGGUAUCCUCGCCCGCUCUCUGAAUGGGGAAUGAAACGGAAGAGCGGAGUUGUAGUGGACAGGGUGGACGCCGCCUUCAUUUGGGCUCAUAACGGAAAGACCUACCUCUUCAGCCAAGGCGAGUUUUGGCGGUUCGACGAGAGCCGCAAAGGCCAGCAGAUGACCAGGCAGCCGGAGUCAGGUUACCCUCGUGACAACAGCCUCUGGACCGGAGUUCCGUCCCACAUGGAUGACAUCAUUAGCUGGGGCGAAGGUGAUGCCUACUUCUUCAAAGACAACAAUUAUUGGGUGCUCUCAAGCGGCGGAUUGGACCAAGACGUCGUGGAACCAAAAUCCAUCGCUAUGGACUGGCUCCGUUGUCCCGCCCCUCCUCCAACCAUCGUUCCAGGUAGUCCCCACGACCCACACAGAUGCCGCUGUGACCUCAAAGGCUCGUCUUCAUCUCUGACGAGUAACUGGCUCCUGCUGUCUGUUUUACUAGUUGUUAAGGUAAUUAUUAACAAAACAGAAAGUUGA